AUGCCUUUGGUCCGCAUAAGACCAGGUCCAGAUCCACAUUCGUGGAAUAGAGAAGGCCCUCAAUGUGCAAGCUGCCAUAGCUAUGUCUGGAAGCAGCCGCAAGUCCCGAUAUUCCAAUCACCAGCCCGAAGCCAGUGGGCGCAGCCGCAGAGAAACGCCUAUCUCUGUGACAAUUGCUACUGGGACCUGAACGGAAGCAGGGAGAGGACUCCAUGCAUGAGGUCUCUACCAUGCCUAUGUGGAAGGCGUGAUAACCUAGCCAUUCUGCUCGCCAGCAAUCGACUUUGGAAAGAUGCUGCACCGAUAUUCUGGACGGAGAACUGGUUCGCCUUCGAGCAUCCCUGUCUCCUCACGGGGUUCUUGACUGCUAUGCGUCCACAAGUGAGAUCGUGGCUGAGACGGAUAUCGUUUAUGCCUAUUCAUGCUUACCAAAAUGUGGAACACCGUAGUACAUUUCCGCAGUGGCGGGACCCAAUUUGGAAUGGAUGGGAUGAUAUUAAGAGCUGCUGGAAUUUACUGAGACUGUGCGAGGGACUGACAGAGCUGGAGCUUGAUGUGCUGUCUCUGACGCGCAAGGAAUGGGCUCAUGCCAUCCGACUAAUUCGUGUCAAGAAACGGGUUGUCUUUUUCCGUCAUGGGGAGCUAGAUGACGGUGAAUAUGGGACUGGAUAUCCAACGAAAUUUAUAUGGAGGUCGCAUGCUCGAAGGAACCGAUUCGACUCACCCACGACUGCUUUGCUUACUUCUAGCAUGACUGGUGCCAGGGCCAUUAAAAGGAAAACUCUGUUAACCCAUUAUUCUGAGAAUACACUACAUCAAAUAUGUGGCGAUUAUGGGAUCGACGUCACCGAGAAGAUGAUCGAGGGCCGAAUAUGGAAUACAUGA